AUGAAUGCAAUCGCCGAUGGAGACGCAGGUGAAGAAACCUCUCAGCCGCCCUCAUCAACCAAGCGUAAUGCCUUUGCCGAACUCAUGUCUCCAAAGGCCAAACAACAGAAACAGCAGCCCUGCAAAUUACAGGGAUUAAAGAAAUUGAGCAAUCCAAAAGACUGGAAGAAUGGGCUCCUCACGUACAUCCUGGAACCGUCGAAAUACUCUCCUGGUAUGGUCAUUCUACACAACGACAAAACAGUCCUGAUUCGGGACGCAUUCCCUAAAGCCACGGUCCAUCUCCUCCUGCUCCCACGAGACCCUUCCAAACGGGAUCUUCAUCCUCGGGAUGCCUUGAAUGAUCAGGCCUUCUUGGACAUGAUGCGAGCGGAGGCUGCGGUGGCAGUCAAACUUGCCGCGUCCGAAUUGUCGCGACUGAUCAGUCCCUACUCAGAAUCGUGCGAAGCUCGAAUAUCUGCUAUGGAAAGUGACGAUCCUCCUGAUGAGCUCCCUCCGGGACGAGACUUUUCGAAGGAGUGUCGAGUAGGAAUUCAUGCUCAUCCCUCCAUGAAUCAUCUUCACGUCCACAUUAUUAGUCGGGACAUGCAUUCGGACCGACUAAAGAAUCAGAAGCAUUACAACAGCUUCAACACGGAUUUCUUCAUCCCCCUCGAGGAUUUCCCGCUUUCCUCGGAUGAUGUGAGGCGAAGCGUCAGUUAUCAGAAUGGCAAUUUGAAGAAGGACUGUAGGUGCUGGCGCUGUGGGAAGAUGUUUGGAAACAAAUUCAAACAACUGAAAGAUCACCUCGAGGAUGAGUUUGACGCAUGGAAGAAGGAGUGA